AUGCUCCCAUCUCUGCAGCUAGGGUCACAGCCUGUCAGUCCCACAUCUUCUGUGCAGGCCCUGCAGCGAUGCGGUGGCCAGGUGGCCAUCAGCAUCCAGCGGGCACAGCAUGGCACUGCUGCAGCAGCUGCUACCAGGCAUGUGCCUAGCUGGACGGGGCAGGAGAGUCUGGCCGAGAGUGACCCCGAGAUGUGGAGCCUGGUCCAGAAGGAGAAGGAUCGGCAGUGCCGGGGGCUGGAGCUCAUUGCCUCUGAGAAUUUCUGUAGCCGGGCAGCACUGGAAGCCCUGGGCUCCUGCCUCAACAACAAGUACUCGGAGGGGUACCCUGGCAAGAGAUACUAUGGGGGAGCUGAGGUGGUGGACCAGAUCGAACUGCUAUGUGAACAGCGAGCUCUGGAGGCAUUUGACCUGGAUCCUGCCCACUGGGGUGUCAACGUUCAGCCCUACUCAGGAUCCCCAGCCAACUUUGCAGCCUACACAGCCCUGCUGCAGCCCCACGACCGCCUGAUGGGGCUGGAUCUGCCUGAUGGGGGCCAUCUCACACAUGGGUACAUGUCGGACAUCAAGAGAAUCUCAGCAACUUCCAUCUUCUUCGAGUCAUUGCCCUACAAACUUGAUCCAGCCACAGGGCUGAUUGACUACGACCAGCUGGAGGUGAUGGCACGGCUCUUCCGUCCUCGUCUCAUCAUCGCCGGCACCAGUGCCUAUGCCCGCCUCAUCGACUACGCUCGCAUGAAGAAGGUGUGCGAGGAGGUGAAAGCGUACCUGCUGGCGGACAUGGCGCACAUCAGCGGGCUGGUGGCAGCGAAGGCCAUUCCUUCGCCCUUUGAGCACGCGGACGUUGUCACCAGCACCACACACAAGACCCUGCGUGGUGCCAGGUCAGGGCUGAUCUUCUACCGCAAGGGUGUACGCUCGGUGGAUAAGAAGACAGGCAAGGAGACACUCUACGACCUGGAGGACAAGGUCAACUUUGCUGUCUUCCCCUCCCUGCAAGGGGGACCUCACAAUCAUGCCAUUGCUGCUGUGGCUGUGGCCCUGAAACAGGUCAACUCACCAGCUUUCCGCCAGUACUGCCAGCAGGUACUGAAGAAUGCCAAAGCCAUGGCACAGGCCCUGCUCCAGCGUGGGUACACCCUGGUUUCAGGUGGCACUGACAACCACCUGGUGCUGGUUGACCUGCGGCCCAAGGGCAUCGACGGCGCACGGGCUGAGCGGGUGCUGGAGCUCGUCUCCAUCACUGCCAACAAGAACACUUGCCCAGGAGACAAGAGUGCACUCACGCCAGGGGGGCUGCGCUUGGGUGCCCCAGCACUGACCUCCCGCCACUUCCGCGAGGAGGAUUUCCAGAAAGUGGUGGCUUUCAUUGACGAGGGCAUUGCACUAGCCCUAGAUGUCAAGAGCAAAACCAGCAAGCUCCAGGACUUUAAGACCUUCUUGCUGCAGGAUGCAGAGACGCAACGCCGCUUGGCUGACCUGCGCCAACGUGUGGAGACCUUUGCUCGUGCCUUCCCCAUGCCUGGCUUCAGUGACCACUGA